AUGGCUGAUAAAGUAGGUGAGUGGGACUAUCACGAAGGUUGUCCAAAUUCCAAGGUUACUUGGGCUGAUCGCAUGGGUCUCGCGAUGAAGAUCAUGUCGCUACCUGCCAGAAUGGUCUUUUGGUCUUCGACAAGUUUUGUUACCAACCCAGAUGAACCUGUGUUUCAAGAAGUCAAGGUUCGAACAAUGGGAUACAUUUCUAAAUCAACAUCCAUCCCCCAACUUCGAAUCGUCUGUCCCAUCAAGCCGAUUCGCGUAACUUUGAAAUCUUCUCAGCGUCAGGCCAAGGACUUGAACAAUUAUAAUGGCAUUUUUGAAGGCUCGGGGUUUAGUGCGCGCUGGAUACACGAAGCUCCCGACAGAACCCCUGACGACCCAGUUAUUAUUUUUCUCCAUGGUGGAGGGUAUGCAUUCAAGCUCACACCGCCACUGGUAACGUUUGCUAUAACAGCAGCUCGUGCUCUCAAAAGGUUUCGAUGUUCUCUACUUGUCCUAGAUUACACAGUGACACCCUUUUCGAGGUACCCAGGGCAACUGCAAGAGCUGGCGAACUGUUACAACACUCUGACUUCUACUGGAAACUGCAGGCGCCCAAUCCUACUUGGCGAUUCAUGUGGCGCGAACCUUGCACUUGCUCUCCUCCAACACAUAAAGUACCCUGUGAAAGAUGUUCCCGUUUGCUCGCAUCCAGUAUGGGCAUGUGGAAUGGUUUCUCCGUGGGUCUCACUGGUGACGUAUAAUCAUGGCUCGUAUACUGAGUUCAAAAGCCGUGAUCUCAUUGACGCAGCGUCUUUGGAUGAGAUGUGCCAGGCCUAUUGUGAUGAGACCGAUCUAAGUAACCCCGUUGUCAAUCCAAUUAUGGGAAGUACAGAGUACUGGGAGGGGGUUCUACCCAAACGUCAGUUCACGGUGUGGGGCGCCUGUGAAAGCAUGAGGGAUUCGUGUCGUGAGUUUGCUGUAAAGGCUAGACUAACCAAUACUUUUGAAGAACCCCGCGGCUUGCAUGAUUGUCUGAUUUGCGAUUUACGUCGUCCUGGUCCAAAGUUUGUCAUGGACAACAUAGCUGGCUGGUUGGACUCUGCCCAUCCCAACGCGCUGUAUGUUCAACCAGUCAUGGAGGGCGAGUUUACAUCUGAGACGGAUACUGCUGCCACAGCUCGUCUUUCUAGUAAAAGCCGAGCUAAGCAACAAAACAAUACUGGCUCGUGGCGGUGGACUUGGAAAUCUUCUCCAAUUACAUCGCCCCAGACCACAGAUUCGGCACCCAUUCCGGAAAAUGCCCCAGAGAGUUUAGCGGCACUUUCCGAAAGUGGUAUUUAUACCAUCCGUACUCAUUCUGACCCAGAAUUGAGCACUUAUAAGCGAGUUGAAUACGAGUUGGAAGGUUUCUCCCCAAAAAAAUCGCGUCCCUUUCAAUUAAGGCGUAGCCUUUCUGCGCUGGCGUCGGAUUCUUUUUCGAUGCCCAACAAAGCCCUGAGCUUCUGCGUCAGUGCUACAAAACGGUCGCGCUCUAGUCUGUUGUUAGCGGCUAAUCCAUCCAACCAGCCCGAUUGCGACGAAAAAGUCGAGCUCUCGGACACCGCCACUAACUUGGCUAAGAAGGCGACACUUUCUCCCCGUAACACGAUACAACCGCAAUUUCCAGAGCCCGCAAUGAUAUCAGUUUGA